UCAUAUUUCAUUCUUCACUCGCGCUCCGAAGUUCAAGCUGGCAUGAUGACACGAAAACUAUAUCGGAAUAAUGAUUGAAAAAUGUGAACAUUUGAAAAAAUUGUUUUAUAAACAAAAAAUUAUUGAACGUCCACUAUGGAGGUUGUGAUUUUUUGGAUCUACGUUGCGUCCUUUUUGGACUUAUUUGCAGUCAGUCUUUUUAUUCCAUUGAUGUCCGCGCGUCUCAGAGAAUUGGGAGCAUCACAUUUUCUAAUGGGUUGCAUGACUUCUGUUUAUGCUUUGACACAAUUGGUCAGUGGACCAGUAAUUGGCAGCUGGAGUGACAGAAUAGGAAGACAACAAAUUUUAUUUUUUAGUCUCAUUUCAGUGAGUUGUUGUUACACUGCAUUGGGUUUGAUUGAUUCGCUGGUGCUCAUAUUAUGUUUUAGAGCUAUUUUAGGAAUCUUCAAACAUACGCAAGUACUUAUUAGAACCAUCAUCACUGACAGAGUUCCAGGAGAUCAGCAGACUUUGGUAUUUGGUUAUUUGAAAGCUGUAGCUGGUGUAAGUUUUACCAUUGGUCCAGCUAUUGGUGGAAAUUUGGCGGAGCUCGAGAAUGGCUUCAGUUACAUUUGCUAUAUUGUUGGAGUUUUUUUUCUCCUCAAUGCUGCUGUGGUAUAUUUUUUUCUAAACGAUUUACCAACGCCAAAAUCCUCCAUGAAUUCUACGGCAACAAGGGAGGCAGAAAAAAGAAAACAAGAGGGUUCAAUAAUGCAAGCAAUUCGUGACUUGGCAUCAGUAGAUUGGCCGAUAUAUUGGGAUAUAUUUGCAUUGAAAUUUUUAAUGGAUUUUUCCACUGGUGCCUUCCACAACAACUACAGUUUGAAAUUGCGAGAGAGAUUUGAUUUGACACCAAAAGCUGCAGGCUACACGAUAUCGUUACAGAGUUUUGUAGGUGUAUUAGCCGGUCUCAUGGUUGAUAAAGUGAAUCAAAGAUUUUAUAAACAAGAUCAUUUCUACACUGAGCGAAAUCUCCAUGGUUACACCCUAAUGGUCAUCGCUUAUUUGGGAAUUGCAGCCUCCCAACACAUCAGUAUUUUUAUGGUUUGGUCCAUGCUCCUCAGAUCCAUUCACAUGUUCUUGCGAAUAGUCAUGACAGAAAUGACCAUAAGACGGUGUCCGCCGAGUCAAAAAGGCUCUAUUAUUGGAUCGAGUAACAGUAUUUCGAAUAUUGCUCGUUUAAUGACGCCUUUGAUCACUGGCUACAUCGAAGAUCUAUGGGGCCCAAACAGCUCCAAUUUGCUUGCAGCUGCUGCUGCAACUUUCGGCUUGCUUGUUCCAAUGACCUUUCGUCACCAACAACAAAAAAUCAGUUAAUGGAUACUUCGGACUCAUAGACACCAUUCCUUUUAAUUGUGAUAUUACAAUUUUAAAUGUACAAUUGUUCAUAGGAUUCAUAGGUCUUUGUAGAAAUAAAUUAUGUUGAAAAAUCUUCCAUAAAAGAAUUUUUCAACUCGAUUCACAUGAUUGUUAUGAUAUUUGUUGGAAAUUAAUGAAAAACAAUAUUUUGUAAUAUUAUUGUUACAUUCUGAACUUCUGUUUGAAACUUUGAAAGGCGGUAGAAUGUAUUAGGUUUAUGUAUACUAUGUUUUUCAAUUAUAUUAAAGGAGUUUUAUUGAGAA